GAGAAAAGAGUGCUUGAGGGUUUGGUAUUGAAACAAAAGGCAAAAAAAGAUAAAGCAACGGAGCACGCGAUGGAUGUCGUGGCUGCCGAUUUAAAUGGCGGGAAUGGCGAGGUGGCGCGUGACCAUUUGUCAGACCCAGGAGCAGACGUAUGUAAAUCUCCGAUAACCGGCGACGUCAACACUAAAGAUUCCAAGAGCAAAGACAAAGAUGUUGACGAUGUCAAGGAGAACCAGGACCUAGAUCAAGACACUACCCAGCAAUCUGAUGUAAUAGACAGUAAAAAUGUCAAAGACAAAGUUGGUGAUAAAUUAGUGUCAGACGAGGUGAUUUUGAUAAAAGAAUCAGACAGUGCAGUACACGAUAGUAAAAAAAUGGACGACCAAGACAAAGAGGUUAAUGGUGAUGUUAAGGGAAUUAGUGUAAGUAAAAAAAGUAUAGUAACUCCUGUGGGUAAGCGAAAACUUAGAAAAGUUAAAGCCAAUUCGACGAGCGCUGUUGAAAGCAAGCCCCAGGAUUCGCCGAUGGUCAAUACUAAUUCCUCCAAUAGAACGCGUAAUCAAAAAAGAAAGUUGUCAGAGCCUGAUAAUCAUUCUUCUGAUGACUCUGAGGAUUUCUUGGGGUUUGAUAGCAGUGAAUUCUUAAAACCAAAUCCUGCUGUUGAGAUACUCAAGAGGUUGAUUGCCGAAGCAGAAGCUGAGAUUUCAACGCCUCAACCACCGGCUAAGAGACAGAAACUCUCGGUGUCCAAGGUACCGCCGAAGAAGAAAGCCAAGGGUAAGAAGAAGGUGGAAAAAAUAGACCAGUCUCCAGACAUAGCCAUUAUUGCUACGGUUAAAAAUGACGCGUCUGGAAAGUCUCCGCCGUCUGCCAAGACUCCUGUCGCCAGAAGAGGUGUGCGGAAUUCUCACGCUUCACCGGCAGUGAGUAUAGUUCCUAAACUUAAGGUUCCUUCUGAUGUUACUCAACCGGAGUACAAAGAGCCUUUCAAGUAUGGAUGGAAGCGCGAACUUGUGUACAAAAACGAGAGUGAUCCAGCGAAAAAGACUAUUGAAGUUUUUUAUUACACACCAAAGGGCAAAAGGGUUCGAAGCUUAAGAGAAGUCGCUGAAUUCCUGAGUACGGAGGAUCUAACGAUAGAUAAUUUCAUAUUCACCAAGGAACCCACGGGUGUUAACGACCCUCAGUGUGAAAUAAUUAAAGAUGAAGCUACUGCAGUAAGCACACCAGUUAAUGCAGGUUCAUCUAAGAAACUUGUAACUGGAAAAAGAGUUCCCGUUCCGAAAAGACUUAGUGGAAAAACUUCGCCUUUACCUGUUGCUAAAACUCUGGCUAAAGCUUUGCCUAUUAAGACAAGUACUCCUGGACUUAAAGUUAAGGUUCCUGUAAAGAGAGGAGCACCGAAAAAAGAGAUAUCACCGCCUAAGGAGACAGAAGUUCACACGUGGACAAACUCAUCAAGCAUCACAAGACGUACGCAAGGUGGAACCGAAAAAGCGUCGCCAUACAAAUCAAAACGCUCAUUAAAGACGAAGCUUCAGGAACCGUGCAGUAUUCGUUGUGCUAUGAGUAUGGGACUGAUACCGAGUCUCCAAUGCCGCGUCUGCCUCUGUCUGUAUCAUCCCGAGUGCGUAGGUCACGCUGAGAAUUCAGUCACUGAAGAUUAUGUUUGCAAGAACUGCCGGCAAGACAAUGAAGAAAGUAGAAAAGUGACAAUUACACCACCGCCUUUGAUACCAAUCAGUAUGAUAGGAACAGAGACUGCCAAAUCACUCUUCCCAGCAAUUGAUCGACAAUCACCUUUAAAAGCUCCAAAGAAUUUAAAACCUGAUGAUUACUUCAAAAAUUCACGAGAUUCAUUUUCGACGAAUAAAUUAAACACUGCUGCCUGGUACUCGAAUAGAGAUUCAAUGCAAAGGCAAGACGGCUCGGAGCCUAAGCCAGCUCAAAAUAUCGCAAUUGUUAAUGGUAAAAAAUUUAUCGUUGUACCUAAAAAUAACGCGGGAUCAGUUCAACCAGCAAUCAGGCCUAGAGUACCCAAUAGAUUGUCUAUGAUUGACGACAAUGAUAGAAUUAAUUUAAUAAAUUAUCCAAGAGACUUAGAGAACAGAGAGUCUAGAGUUCUUAAAGAGACGAUGGUUAAUUCCAGAGAAGAAAUUAGAAAUUUAAACAAUGACAAGAGCAAGGAUUCUGCUGCUAUUAUUGACCCUGACCAGAGACGGAAUUCUGGUGAGGCUAAGACGGAUGACACUCCUAAUCUUGGAGAAGAGACGCGAGAAACAGUACCUCAACAAGUCGCUCAAGAAGUAAAAGAACUUGCUUUAAAUAAAGAACAGGAAGAUACCUCUAAGGAAAAUCUGAAUGAAAUUGUGGGCACUGAUGAGAAAGUUGAAAAAUUGAGUAAUGAAAAAAUUCUUGAGAUGAUUGAGGAAAAAAUACUCAAGUCAAGUGUAGAAAUGGCUGAGCGGAUGGAUCUAGACGAGCCAAAUACUUCUGAUGAACAGAUAAGGGAUGAGUUCGAUGGGUCGAGAGAAAAUUUUGAAGCUAUGGAAGUAUCUGAGCAAAAGAGCAAAGAGAAUUUAAAUGACAAAAAAAUUGAGGAGAAUAUUGAUAAGAGUGUCGAUAGAACACAGGUGGAGGCAGAUAAAAAAAAAGCCGUAGUGCCCAUGGUGGAAGUGGAUCAAAGGCAGUACUUCAUGGCGACAGUCUGUUCAGGCUACAAUGCACUAUCACGAGUCUUUCAGUAUCUGAAAGUCCAAGAAUUAUUACGUGCUGCGCGUGUAUGUAAAAUGUGGCGUGACAUUGCGGUGCAUCCAUCGCUGUGGAAAACAGUGCGUAUGAAGAACAGCCAGGUGACCGAUUGGGAUGGACUGGUAGCAACAUUACAGAGGCACGGAACCCAACAUCUCGACUUGCGUAAGAUGCUUGUAGCUGCUGAGUCUGACAGUAUUUGGGAAAAAUUCGUCACGGUAAUUCCCAAUGUAAAGACUCUUGUUAAACUGGAGCUGUGUCGCUGUCCCGUUAUGGUAGUUGAAGAAGUAAUAAAAGCCUGUCCUCAGUUGCAAGUGCUCACCGCAAUGUCAAUAAAAUGCGACUGGCUAAACUUGAACAAUAUUGACAAUUUAAAAUCAUGUGAAGAGCUGAGACUGAAAGCGAUUACUGGUAUGUCGUUGUACGGAGAUUUAACACCACUCCAAAAUCUCUCUCAGCUAUCGCACUUGAGUUUGACGUCGGUGAAAGAACUCGGUAAGAAGAAAAUAGAAAUUUUAGGGUCUCUUGCUAAUCUUGAGUCACUUGAACUGGGUGAGUGCUCUGAUUUCCCGUCAAAGUUCGGAACAUCGGUGCUGUGCAAACUCACCAAGCUCGAGCGACUGAGACUUGAAAAAGGACAAGGCAGCUGUUGCACUUUCGAUAUACUGAAAGGCGUUGCUAAGCUUGAAAAAUUACACCAAUUGGAGUUGGUAAACUUUGAUGUAAAGAAUGGCUUUGAUAAACACUUGGCCAAUUGCAAAAAUAUCAAGAGGCUACUCAUCAUUCCGACGUACAUUUCCCAGUCAGCUACGUCGAAUAAUAUGGUCCUAGGAGGUGUUUGCGAAUUAUCUAACAGCCUUACGUAUUUUGUAUGGGGUGUCACGCUUGAACUUCUGAGAGUCACUCAGCUGUUUGUCGAUCAAUGCAAUCAAAUGGACAAACAAAUUUCUGGAGAUUCUAUUCCAGUGUUGAAACCAGUUCCUUGUUUAUCGCUGAUUGAAGAUCCAGAUGAAGCCCAGAGUUUGACUAAAGAAGAAAAGUCGUCGAAUUCUACAAAUCCACAAGUAGACAUUCUACCUCUACCCCAAUUAAAGAAACUCCUUGCGGCUGCACUACCGAAGACACGAGUGAAAAUAUUAAUGAUUCCUUUCCAUGCCACCUGGAGACAGAGUAUUUCAGACUCUGCGUCACAGUAAUCGGCUAAAUAAUUAAUUGUAUAAUCGCACAAUUUUUUGAUGCACGUCAU